GAAUUAUGUCAAACAUUUCGAUUUUGCCAACCAUUUUGCUUUUCGUACCUGGCCGCCAAAAAAUUGUUGAGUUGAAAAACGAAAAGAUUGCAAGUCAUAUUUUUUAUCAAUAAACAUUUGAUAAAUUUAUGAGCUCUUCGACGUACAAUAUGGGUUCUAAAAGAUCGAAUGAUGAUGGACCACCUAAAAAGCAGAAUCCUAAACGAAGUAAAACAACUGAAAAGAUUCUGGAGAAUCUGGACCAGGGCUAUGUUCAAUAUUUAAUGAAAAACCAAAUUAAUGUUGGAGGUGGGGACAAAAAUAACGCAUUUAUCCGCAUUUUGACGCUUAAUAAUCCGCCUGUUGAAUUGGUACUCUCUCAUCACAUUAAUUCGGGGUUUGAGUUGAAAAUUCCAUGUGACAAUGGCCAUGUGACAAUGGCCAAGGUGACUAUUUGCCUAUCAUUAAAAACCCGUCCGACUCCAGAAUAUCUAAAAAAAAUCAUCAAUCUCGUGGCUAAUUCGGAGAAAUUAAAGCAACUCAUAGAAGUGGAAGGCAAAACGGUGAAUUAUGUUCGAAAGAGUAACAAAUCAGCAAAUGAAUCUAGUUCCAAACAGUCUUUUGGUCAAACAAAUGAAGAACCACCGGAUUUUUUUGACGAUGAGAUAAUGAGACGAAUAUAUGAAUUGAUCGAAGGAAACGACCCAGAUACUGUCUUAAUUACCAAGUAUGGCUUAGUUAUAACACGCAAGAGUAUUCAAACUUUGCGAUUGAACGCAAACAAAGAGACAGAUCUUUGGCUCGAUGACAUGGUGAUUAAUUUCUACAUGAAUUUAUUGGCUGAACGUAGCCUAGAUAACAAUUUGCCAAGUGUUUAUGCUGUGAGCACAUUCUUCUUAUCAGAAGCAGGUGUUCGAAGUGAACAUAUACCCCGAAAGACUAACAUUUUUGACUACGACAUAAUUGUGGUGCCUAUCCACCGCAAUGGUAAUCACUGGUGUAUGGCUAUUAUACAUAUAAAAAAUAGGAUCAUUCAAUAUUAUGAUCCAAAGGGAAAACGAAAUAAAAAAAUGUUGGAAAACUUAUUUAAAUAUAUAGAGGAUUGCGCCAGAGAAAGGAAAAUCGAUGUUAGCCAAUUUAAGAAAACUUGCGUUAUCACUCCACAACAGGACAAUGAUUACGAUUGCGGCGUAUUCAGCUGCAUGUACGCGGAACAUGUAACACGAAAUCAGGCAAUUACUUUCACCCAGCAAGAUAUGCUGCGCUUCAGACAACAAAUGGUGUAUGAAAUUGGCGAAGCACAGCUUCUAAGCUAAUUACUUUUGAUAUGACAAAAGACUGACAAUCGAAAUAGUUUUCUAGAAAAUUUCGUGAUAUUUUUUUAUAGUAUUUAUUAUAUUUAUUUAAUACUAUUUGAUGUUUUUAAAAAAUCUGUACGAUCCGAUCCGAUAUUUAUCCGGUCGACAUUUAUAAAGCGAUCCUCUAAAUUAGAG